CAUAAGUGUUAGGAAAACACAGUGCAGAUGCUAAGGAAGCUUGAUAGAUUAGAUAAAAAAUAUAGUGGAUAUGUACACAAUUGGGAUACUCAUUAUUUUGAGCUCCCCUUCAUGUUCGCAGGAAUGAUAUUCGCACCCUUUAUUGUACCAUUUGUGGUCGCCUCUAUCUACAUAAUCUCUGUGAUCUAUUUCAGAUCAGAUGAUAGUAUAGUUGAUGGCCAUAAGUUGUUUAAUAAAGCAUUCGCAUAUACCAUGAUAUACCUUCUUUGGGUCAUUCUUGGAUUAAUAUUGACAGUAUGACUCAAAAAAUUCCUUUACAGAGAGCGUCCCAAUCCAGGAAAAACUGCUAGAUUAAUGGAAUUAAGAUGGAAUGAACACAACGGAGCAUUUCCAAGUGGAGACACGCUCCAAUCUGCAAUGUAUGUGGGGUACGUGUUAAUAACAUUUCCCGCUUCUGGUUCAAAUUCGUACUUGCAGUACAUUUUACUAGCAGCCGUGCCAUUAGUUGCAUUUUCUAGGAUAUAUUACCACUGCCACUGGAUUGGGGACACAGUUGUUGGAGCUAUCGUAGGGUUUAUGCUUAGCUGUCUUGCAUUCCUCACAACAAAAGCUUUUUAUUAAAAAUCGAAGGAUUUAAAAACCCUGAUAAAUUUCAAAUCAAGAC